AUGAGUUACUACUAUGGCAACCUGGCUUAUGACAACGGCAUGACACGCAUUGUGGGUGGCACAGGUGCCCUGCCAGGGGCCUGGCCGUGGAUGGUCAGUAUCCAGCAUCCCUGGGCACCAGACCGGGGGCAUUGGUGUGGAGGGUCUCUCAUCAGCACUCAGUGGGUCCUCACAGCAGCCCACUGCUUCGACAAGUUUGAUAACAUCAGCAUGGUGUAUCUGGUGAUUGGGGCCACCCAGUUGACUCAGCCGGGCCCUGGGGCACAAAUACGCAGUGUCAAGCAGUUGGUGAUACACCAGUACUACAAUCCUGCUGACAUGAGCUACGACAUUGCCUUGCUGGAAUUGGACCAUCCUGUUCAGUGCAGCCCCUACAUCCAGCUGGCCUGUGUGCCUGAUGCCACACUGAAAGUGUCAGAGCUGCAGAACUGCUGGGUUGCUGGCUGGGGUUCCACUGCUUCAAGAGCUCAAGAAUCAAGUGAUCACCUGCAGGAGGCCAAGGUCCAGCUCAUCGAUGUCCAGCUCUGCAACAGCAGUGGCUGGUACGCUGGGGAAAUCCAUACCCACAACUUGUGUGCUGGUUACCCACAGGGAAACAUCGACACGUGCCAGGUAGGAGCAUGCCACGAGCCACUCAGCCCCCAGCAGCACCAGCAGCACCACUCCAACACAGCCCAGGACCUGCUUUGCCCGGCCACUCAGUCACUCUCCCAGCCCCGGCUACCCCCAGCUGCUNCCUGGGGACUACACAAUCUCAUCCUGCAGAAAGAGGGGCAGCAGUGA